CUGCGGGCUGGGAGGGGUAAGUGCUUCCGCUUGCAGGUAAGAACGUGUGGGUAAACAGGACUUGUAUCCGUGGCAGCGGCUGAGGCCGGCGGGCGAGGCACAGGCUGCCGCUAACAGGGGAGAGAAGCUGCCUAUCGGAAUCAGCCCGGGCCGCAGCGCGCCGCCGCUACGAGGUUGGCAGCUGAACUAUGUGCUCUUCCAGGGCGGGCACCAUGCUCCACUCAUCUCUGUACCCCCAGCAUCUAGCCGUGUGGCCUGUAGUAGGCCCUCAAGAAAUGUGUGUUGAAUGAACGGUGCCUGUGACAAGCGGCUGGACUUUAUUCUUUCCUGACCUUUGCUCCUAUGACACACUUCCUCCCGGCUGCCACUCUCAGCCCUUCCGAGCAGAACUUCUCUUCUCUAGGGAAGCUGGAAGGGAAACAGCUAUGGCCAAGGACAUCCUGGGGGAAGCAGGGCUGCACUUUGAUGAGCUGAACAAGCUGCGGGUACUGGACCCUGAGGUUACCCAGCAGACCACGGAGCUCAAGGAAGAGUGCAAGGACUUUGUGGACAAAAUUGGCCAGUUUCAGAAAAUAGUUGGUGGUUUAAUUGAGCUCGUUGACCAACUUGCAAAAGAAGCGGAAAAUGAGAAGAUGAAGGCCAUUGGUGCUCGGAACUUGCUCAAAUCUAUAGCAAAGCAGAGAGAGGCCCAGCAGCAGCAAUUGCAAGCACUAAUCGCAGAAAAGAAAAUGCAGCUUGAAAGGUAUCGGGUUGAAUAUGAAGCUUUGUGUAAAGUAGAAGCAGAACAAAAUGAAUUUAUUGACCAAUUUAUUUUUCAGAAAUGAACUGAAAGUUUCAUUUUAUAGCAGGCGGGCAAAAUCAAAACCCCAUAAAGCCCCUCUCUGUACCAUUCCAGUGACUUGACCAGUGACCCAAGUGUGCCCUGGGAGAUGGUGUGGAAAAACACAGCAUCUCUGAGGGCAGCAAGCAAGUCUGGGUGGGGGCGGGGCUCGCUACAGAUGUCGGUGACCUGCCGGGGGGCCAUGGUGGCCCAGGCAUUCUUAGCCUGAACUGAGCAGUCUGUACAUUCUGAUCCUUUUUUUUUUUUUUAAUUCACAAAACUUUCAAAGGAAGCAAUAAAUUAUUGUUUUCAAAUGGCCUCAUCUGCCUCUUUUCCUGUUGCCUUUGAAGUGUACAUCGAACACCUUGUCAGGGAACCCGGGACACUCUAGCCCCCAGGCCACGAAACAGACCAGGCAGGGGGCAGCAGCUGCCUUUAUUCGGACCAGACACAGGCGUCAGAGGAUCCUCCCAUCAAUCAGACCAAUAUGGCUCGUGAACAAAACAGAUGAAAAGAGGAAGGACCAGUUGCCAUGUUCCAUGCAUCCAGUCUUUUGUUGAGUUGGCCUCGAGUACGAAUUUAGAGAAAGCUAAGAAACACCAGUGAAGAGAUCCCGUACUGACACACGGACACGUCACACCCAGCUGCCCGUCCCCGUGGAGGACCGGCCGGGAAUGACGAAACUGAGGGCGGGCGAAGUCAUCCUGCAGGAAGCAGACUUCCAGAUCGGAUGUGAGACUCAGACCUCAGAGCGGGCCACCGUCAGGUGGUCUGUAAAAACCCGGUUUUUAGGGAGACUUGACAAAAUAUCUUUUCUGGGAUGACCUGUUUAAGACGGAAACAAAACGCCUUCUAGUUCAACCCAUUUCUGAAAGUCAGGCCAGAGCUACCCAAGGAGCAAAGCCAAGUUUAAACCUUCACAGAACCCGUUCCCCACACCAGAAGUGGAGGCAAAAAAACCAGGAUAUUGUUUUUAAUGAAUAUUAAAGAGGCAUCAUUUCGAACUUUA